AUGGAUCCUCAACCAAAUUUUGAUCAAUUCUGUCUCAAACGAAUUUUGAUGAACGACACACAACGCAAAAUGAUUGCUGUUGAAGGCAAUUUUAAAGGACUUCCGGAACCCGCUGUUGUUGUUAUCGAAAAAUAUGCUUUUGAUGAAGCUUCUGUUUUAAAUGUGUGCAAUGCCCAGACUAAAUUAAAAAAAAAUUUAGAUAAUGAUAUUUAUAAAUCAUUCAGUUGUGUGCCCCAAUAUGAUGAAAACAUUCCUUCCAAUAAAAUGGACCUAAUAUACCCUGCAACAGACAAGCAUAUUUUAAAAUUUUUGAGUCAAUCCAUGUAUUGUGUGCAAGAAACUGAAGAAAUGUAUCAAACUAUAACUUUACUUCAUAUCUUGGAUAACAGCUUGUCACUACAAUGGGUAUACAAUUGCUUAGAGUAUAAAUCAGAAAAAGAAAGAAUAGCAUAUGAUACGGCUUCUGAAAAUCAAAAAGAUGAUGAAGAUAAUGGCUUUUUACUUUUACCAGACUUAAAAUGGUCUGGUAAAUUGAAUGAAUUGUACUUGUUAGCUAUUAUCAAAAAAAGAAACAUUAAGUCAUUAAGAGAUUUAACGACUGAUCAUUUACCAUUAUUAAAAAAUAUUUUAAACAAAGGAUCAGCUGCUAUUUAUAAAUUAUAUGGAGUUCAACAAUCUCAAUUACGCACUUAUGUCCAUUAUCAACCAUCAUUCUAUCAUUUUCAUGUUCACUUUACAUAUUUGAUGCAUACACCUCCAGGAAUAAAUGUCGGAAGAGCUCAUUUACUUACAACAAUAAUUAAUAAUAUUGAAAUGCAAGGCAACUACUAUCAAAAAGCCACAUUAGAUUAUGUUAUUAAGGAAAGCGAUCCUUUGUUUAGUCGUUUUGAAGAAAAAGGAAUUCUUCGUAAAGCCAAACCUAUUGAGGAAAUUAACAAUGUUUAA